AUGCACACCAAUGGAGUCAUGAAACAGAACGGACACCUGGAGCGCUUCCACGUCUCCGCCACAGGCCACAGUCUCAACUACCUCCCGGAGUACAUAGCCGCCCGCCAUGGCUUCUUCCGCGAGCAGGGCCUCCAAGUCACGGUGUCAGUCCCCAACCCCUGGGACCUCGUCCUGAAGGAACUGGCCGACGGCACCGCCGCCGCUGCCCUGGGCGGCAUCUGGGUCCCAUCCAUGUACCGCGGCCGCGUGCGUCAGUACACGGCCUUCGCGCAGGUCGCCAACCGGGCGCCGCUCGCGCUCGUCGGUCGCGGGCCCCACGCCGGGAGAGGCUUCAGGUUCACCGACGACGUCGCGGGCCGCACGGUGCUCAUGAAGGGCAGCAACGGCGCCAGCGUGGGCCUUUUCUUCAAGAUGCUGCUGCGCGAGGCGGGUGUGGACCCCAAGGCUGUCGACUACGUGCAGGACCUCGACGGCAAGAUGCUUGGCGAGCUGUUCGCGGGCGGCAUGGGCGACUACCUGCUCAUUGACAACCUGUCGGCGCGGGCGCUCGUGGCGCGGUACCCGGGCGAGAUGUCGAUCGCGCUCGAGACGGUCACGGAGGGCGGGGAUAUCCCCUGGAGCGUGUACUACCGCGAGGCAGCCAGCGUCACGCCCGCGGUGCUGGACGCGCAGGAGCGGUUCUGCGCGGCGCUGGAGAAGGGAAUGCGGUGGGUGCUGGAGCACGACGCGGAGGAGUUCCGGGACGAGCUGGCUGAGAUCUUCCCCGCCGUGCCUGUGGAUGUUGCUGUGGAGUUGACGAAUGUCUUUCGCCGCGACAACAUGUGGACGACGACGUCGGUCGAUAGGAAGGGCUACGAGAGGUGGCAGAAGGGCAUUGCCGAUGGGGGUCUGGUCGAAAAGCCGCUGGCGUAUGAGGACAUUGUCAAUGAUGGGCCAGCUUCAGCGGCACGUAAACAUUCGCAUUAA